AUGGACCAGACCAUGAUCCCACAGGGGAGACUGCUGGGACCUCAGCUGUACACAGUGAACACAAUGAGGAACACAUACACAUCCUGGACUUUGGAGGUCCAUCCAGUCCCAGAUAACCAGAUUCAGUUGAAUGAUGAACUGGUUCCAGGCAUUCAGCAACAGAGGAAAACUUCAUCCUGGUCUCUGUUAGUCUUCCAGUGCAGGACGUUAUGGAGGACGCAGGUAGAACAUUACCAUCCUCUCUGCAACCUGUGGAGACCUGAGCUCUCCAGUAGAGACGCCACCUCCUUGUUCCUGGGUUUCAUCAGUUCCCUGCUCAGAGAAUUCUGCCACAGACAGGCGAGGGACUGGACUUUGAUCUUCAGCACCAGCCAGAGGAAGAGUCUGGGUCUCCAAUGGAGCCAGCGCCGGUCGGCCGGCGCCACGGAGACGGAGGCGGUCCCGUCGAAGCCUCGGUUCCACCUGGACCUGUGGCUCGGCUUCACUGUCCAGAACUGGAUCCUGGAUGUUGGCCGGCCUGUUGUCAUGCUCGUCCUCCCAGCAGACUGGUUUCCUUCGAACCGUCCCGGCGCCGCUGACUACCUUCACAUCCUGUACAACAUCACGACUCCGCUCGUCCUGCUCAAAAUGCUCCAACGCAGCCCUAGGACUCUGCCCCGAACUGCAGUCCGCCUCGGCAUCAUCGCCGUCGUCACAGGAACCAGCCUCCACCUGGCGGCGGACUCCGUCACCCGGCGGCUCCUGCUGAUUGGCUACCAGCUGCACCUGUCGGUCAGAGACAAUCCACUUAUGAAGGACCUGAAACCGCCUUCGCUGAUCGACGCCUUCGAGCUUCUGUUUUACUAUGACGACACUAUCGGUCACCUGAUGUGGUAUGUUCCUCUCUUCCUCGUCCUCUUCCUCUUCUUCAGUGGUUGUUUCGCUCACAGGAAACUGGAGGAGACAAUGCCGCCGGCAGCGUGGACGCUACUUGUCCCCAACGCCGCCUACUACUGCAUAGAUUAG